GUUUUCACUCGAUGUAAUAGCAAAAUUAUGAUUUCGCUUGGUUAUGCGAAAUUUUUGAGUUUACGUUAAUAUAUAUAAGACUGUGUAUAAAACUGUGAAUGUAAUUCGUGUAUCAGUGGUAUUAAAUUUUAAUUUUGAAGUUAAGUUAAUUUAUUCGAUCAAUAUGUCUGUGGCGUUCGUACAGCGGGGGAACCGGCCUCCUGUAAAUCCAGCUCAAAUUCAAAAGAUGCUUGACGAAAAUAGUCAUUUAAUACAAACUAUACAAGAAUAUCAAUCAAAAGGAAAAGCAAAUGAAUGCGUGCAAUACCAACAGGUGUUGCAUAGGAAUUUAGUUUAUUUAGCAUCAAUUGCAGAUUCAAAUCAAAAUAUACAAGCGCUUUUGCCUCCUCCACAAGUUCUUCAAUCUGGUGCUAGUCCCCAACCUCCUCCUCCACAUGGCUCUAAUGGUUCUCAACUAAAUACACCGCAAGGACAACCACCAGCUAGUGAAAUCCCACCAAAUAGUCAGCCUGGAGCUGCAUAUAAUCAUCCGCAAUCGCAGCAAUCUUAUCGAUCUUCUCCAGGUAUUCCAAACCAAGUAUCAAAUUUGCCACAAAGACCAAGUAAUGCAAUACCUCAAAACUAUCCCCAUCGUAGUUAUCAACAUUCCCAAUAUCCUGCACAAUAUCCAAACAAUCAACAAUCAAAUAUAUACCCACCACAGCAAGGGCAAUCUAAUUACCAAAUCCCAAAUCAACAACCUUAUGGGGGUCCACCUGCAGGUCAACCACAAUCCUAUCCUGCAAAUUCCCAACCCCCUUAUUCUCAUAGCACAUCUACCACGACUGCUCAGGCAGCAGGUAGUUAUCCAAGCCCUCAAGGACCAGCUUAUCAGCCUGUUCAACAACCACCAGCACAACAAAAUUAUGGCCCGCCACCGCCAAUAACACCUCCUGCUAAUUCUUCUUACACACCUGUGAGCACAGGUCAGCCUGCUGCAUAUGGUCCGUCUAACCCUGGGGGUAAUUAUGGCCCUCCAAAUUCAGCAACAGCUAGUUAUGGAAGUCCAGUUCCUGCAGGUCCACCUGGACAAAGUGCUUAUCCUCCAGGUACUCCUACCAAUCCGAGUUAUCCUCAACAAUAUGGCCCAGCUCCUGUGGGGUACCCACCACCUGCUCCACCAGUUACAACACAGCCUCCAAGUUCUGCACCCUCAGGGCAACAAGGUUAUGCAAACCAGCCGAGUCCAGGACCUGUGCAAUAUGGUCCUCCAUCAGCUCAGUCACCACCUUUCACUUCCCCAUCUCCUACAGUAUCACAGAACUUACAAUAUGCUCAAAGUGGUCCUCCUAUCAAUUCUGCCCCUACAGCAUCCAAUCAGUACCCACCUAGCUCAACUGCUCCUUCAGGAAGUUACUUACCUCCAGUUAGUCAGUCAAGUUACCCACCUAGUUCACAGUCAUCAAGUCCGGCUCCUGCAGCCUAUCAGCCUCCGCCUAACUCACAGCCACCUGUAAGUUCCGGUGCUGCAAUGCAGCAGUAUGGCCCUCCUCCUCCAAAUCAGAACUAUGGUCCUCCAUCAAAUAAUUACCCACCUCCACCUAAUCAUUAUGCACAUCCUGGACAAAAUUAUUCGCAACCAUCCCAGUAUCCGCCUCCAGGGCAAAACUAUCAGUAUCCUAGACAACCAGUUGGACAAAUGCCACCACCUGGUCCACAAGGCCCGCCUCCGCCUCCGCAAGGGUACGGAUAUGGUUAUCAGCCACCUCCUCAGUAACUCUCAUUUUAAAUUACUGUGUCUAUUUUAGUUAAAAGAAAUAUUUUUGUAUUUUUUAAAUUAGGUAUUUAUAAUAAUUAGUUUAUUUCUAUAUAAUAAUAUGAUGAGCAAUAUUGAA